AUGUUAAUUAUGAAAAUGAAAGAAGGAAAAUUAGGAUUUAUGAAUUUUGUAAAAUGCUAUACAUCUAACAAUAUGUGGGGGAUGAAAUGUUAUUUUUAUAAUUCAGUGGUUAAAAGGAAUUUUGUUUUUUUCCCAAAAAAUUAUAAAAAUAUAAUUUUAAAUACUGAUAAAAAAAACAUAUACCAUUUUUAUUAUAGUAAUGAAAUAAAUAAGGAAAGAAAUGAUUUAACAAUGAGCAUUGAUAAAGAUGAUAAAAAUAUAGAAAAAAGAAAUACCGAAUUUAAGAAAAAAAAUGAAAUAAAAUUCAAAAGUGGAAAAAGUUUUUUUCUAGGAAUAAUUUGUUUUGUUACAUCAUUAUUUUUUUAUUGCACACUUCAAAAGGUUCCAGAAGGAUAUAUUUGCUUAUUGGAAAAUAAAAAAGAUAAAACAGUUUUACCAUAUAUAUAUGAUGAUUUAAUGACAUUUUUUUUCAAUUCUAUAAAAUAUAAUGUUAUAUUUAUGAGAAUUAUUCCUAUUCAUAAAAAGUAUACAAAUAUAUAUGAAACAUAUGAUAAAAAAAAAGUCCGAGUUAAAUUAGAAAUAAAGCUUAAACCAAAAAUUCCAUUCGUUCGAGAAAUAUAUAGUUCCUUUGGUGCAAAUUAUAGUACACAUUUUAUAAAAAAAGAAUUAGAUAUUGAUAUAAAAAAUGUUAUAAAAAAUCACAAAUUUGACACUUUCAUAAAUUCAAAUAAAAAUAAAUCUGACCAAAUUAAUGAAAUUGCUGCAGAUGAUAUAAUUGAUGAAAUUGUAGAUAGAUUUUAUGAUACUUCUAUUUUUUAUAAAAUAGUUAUACUCGAUGUUUUGUUAUCAUUUGAGCCAAUAAAUGAAGAAAACUAA